GGAAGGUCAUGGUUUUUUUUUGAAGCUCUACUAAGUACACAAGCCGCGCGAGGAUCAUGUUGGGGUCGCCACGGCGAGGGAGUGGCGUGACGAUGUCUUCAGCCUCGCCGACCGCGGCGCCGCGUCGUAAUACCAUUGGAUCAGCGCUCGGUACAGGCACGUCCGCCUCCCUGGCCAGUCCCCCGAUCGUUGUCCAAGCUCCCAGCAGCCGCAGUGCGUGGACGUCAUCCACGACCACCACCACGAGCCCGAGCAAGGCGGGCGCCAGACUGUCGGUGUCUCCCGUACGGGGUCCUCAAGCACAGGGAGGUUCCUCAAGCACCGCGUCUCCCGCGGCCGCGACGCCCACCUGCGGCAACAAUCCGUCGCAUUGGCGCAAAGUGCAAACGCGGUUUGGCUUCAGCAACGGCAGCAGCCAGUUUCACGAGCUGCCGGAAACUUACGAGCAGUGGCGUGAGCAGAAGGAGAUCGAUCCGAAGACGCGGGUGUUUGCGCUGUACCCCAAUCCCUCGCCAACGCACUCGGUGGGUGGCGCGCUGGACGCCUUGCGUCGGGCCAUGGAGUCGCACGGAUGGUACUACAACAGUGAGGCCACCUAUCCAAGAAAAAAACGUUGUUAAUAGUGUAAAUUUGUGAUGCUCAACAUGCAAGAUGAUUGCGUCUGUCAUGCUUGGCAUGCGUCGCAGGGUCCAGUAAAGGGCGUUUUUACGUACUAUCUGCGCAUGACAGGUUUUUGCUGUCAUGUUAGUCAAACUUGUAAUGCUAAUGCUGUUCCUCCAAAAAAGUUACACCUACAACGUUUUUUUCUUGGAUACCACCGGGAAUCGAGCCUUGUUUUGGGAUUUGAAGUUCGGCUUGA